AUGGGCGACCAUGACGUCACGCUCGCGGAGUGCGUCGGGCUCCUGUCCAGCGAGAGUCGCGAGCGCAAGUUCAUGGGCAUGGUCCUCGUCACCAAGCUCGUCCACGGGCUCGAUCCGGAGUCCCUUCGCGCCGUCUCCGAGGCUGAGGGAUUCGGCCGAUUCCUCACCUCCAUGCUCCGCGCCACCGCCGUGGUGAACACCGCCAAGGAGGGCGAGGACGACGGGUUGGACGACGGGUUGAUGAUGGCGAUGGGCGACGAGGAGCGGGAAACCAAGGCGGAGCAGGUCACGGCGUCGCACGCGCUCGCGCUCGCCGUGUGCGCCGCGCUGACCCGAUCCCCCGACGUCGCCGCCGACCCGUCGUUCCAGGAGCGCAUCCCAAUCUUCGCAGCCGCCAUGCGACGCGCGAACAGGUACGCGGACCUGCCCGUGACCGCGGUCGGCGACGCGUGCGAGGCGUGCGCUGCGGUCAUCGCCGCGGGGGGGGAGGAGGCGGAGGCGGUCGCCGGAUCACUCGGCCUCGUCGCGGCGGCGGCGGCGGCGGUCGUCGCCGCCGUCAAAGACGCCGCCGACGGAUCUGGCGACGACGACGACGACGACGAUCGACCUUCCUCGGACUCCUCCUCACUCGGGCCGAACGACGCGGUGCUCCGCUCGAUCCAGCUCCUCGGGCAGCUGCUGGAGUCGCACGCCGCGUCGGAGCCCCUCCACGUGCGCGACUCAUCGGGUCACUCAUCCAAGGACCCAAGAACCGUCAAGUCCCGGCCCGGCGCCAGGGUCGCCAUCGCCAAACCCAGGCACAAACCCAAGCACAACCCUCGCGCGCGCGCCGUCGCCGACGCGAUGCCGUCGCUGACGUGGACGCUCGCGUCCCGUGCCGGGAGGCCCGAGCAGAUCGAGUCGCUUCGAUGCCUGGUGCUCGCGAUGUCGUUCGCGCCGGCGAGGCGGCCCGAGGGGGAUUGGCCGACGGAACUGGCGAGAAUCGCGCGGUCGGCACGAUCGGGAAUGACGAUGGGCGCAGCGGGUGGCGGGUGGCUUGACGACUUGCGCGGCGGUCUGAGCGCCGUGAUGCGCUCCAAGGCGACGCGAGAGAUGCGUCACGCCGCGCUCGACCUGUGCUCCGCCGCGGCGGAUUUGGCAGGUCCCCGGUGGCUGUGCGGCGACGACCUCGGCGCGCUCAACAGACAGGCGCCGGCGAAUCGCGCCAAGGCGGCGAAGACGACGGGCGUUCCGUUCUUCCGUUUGGCGCUGGAGCUGACGCGCGUGGAGUGCGCGGUGCUCCUCCACGACGUUUCCCGCGACGACGUCGAGCUUAGACGUCGCGCGAGGUCGAGCCUGCCGGUUCCCCUGGUGCUCUUCGAGAGGCUGGUGGCGGCGCUCGCGGCGGAUGCUCAAGCCGCGGACGACGAGGUCGAAGCGGCAGCAGCAGGAGGAGGCGGCGGUGGUGGUGGUGGUAAUGGCGGUCUCCUGUCGGCGGAGACGGCGCAGUCGGCGGUGCGUUCGCUGUGCGACGUCGCCGGUCUCCUGCUCGAGUACCUGGAAAACGCCGCGGAGGCGACGAAGACGGGCGCGGUGGAAGAGCUCUCCGGCGGUGACUGGCCGGGCCCCGAUCCCGAGACGACGCUCGCGGCGACGCGGGCGUUGGGCGCGUUCCUCGCGGAGCUCCCCGACCCGCACGCGCCUCGCGUCGACGCGCUCCUUCCCGCGCUCCUCGCGCCCCCCGGGGCUGGGGGUUUCAAAAAAAACAAAGGCGGCGUGGCCGACCCGGGAACGGAACCCGGGACGUCGCUCAGCGUCGACGCCGCCGCCGCCGCGCUCACCACCCGGUUCCUCCUCCCGUACCUGCUUCAGAGCACGGAAGAUCCGCACGGGCUCGAGGCGUUCGAGCGCGCGCGGGGUCCCGCCGCGCUCGCCUCCCUCGUCGACCGAGUCACCGACGACGAAGGGGGUGUCGACGUCGAGGAGGCGUGCGGCGUGGUCACCGCCGUUUGCGCGGUGCUGAGGAACGCGAUGGAGGGGACCGACAGGGGGCACGCGGAGGAGACGCUGGCGUCGGACGCGUGCGUGGCGUUCGCGGACUGCGCGGGCGCGAUGAGCGAGUGGGCGGAGCGCGUGCUGGAUCGCGAUCGGUCGACGGCGUGGCGGGGCGGCGGCCAAGUCGAGGAUGGGGUUUUUCUUCGGGGGCUCGCGGGGUUGCGGAGGGACGGGAUCGAGGGAGCUCGGGGGCCCGGGGCGUGGCGCGGGGUGCUCGACUUUUUGCGCGCGCUCGUGCCGGCGGACGCGGAUCGGGUUCUUUCUCGCGGGUACUCGGCGGGCGGCGGAGCCGGCUACCUCUCGGGGGAGGACGGGGAGGAGGACGGGGAGUAUGGGGACGACGACGACGACGAGACUCCGGCGUUUGACGAAGAUCCGGAGCUCAACGCGGAGGUGAGGGCCAAGUUCGAGGCGAUGCGAAAGGGUACCGAUUGA